AUGGAUGACGGGGAAGCCUCUAGAGCGGGCCAAAGACAAUGUUCUUACCGUGUCGAAGGUGCUGUCUGUCCUCCCUUGGACUCGGCGGUCCUCCAGCGCAUUCGGGAAGGGCGUGGGCCGCGAGACACGAUACCCGAAGACCUCCUCGCUGCUUUUCGCGACAACGACCCACAGAACCACAGUGCCGAAACGUAUGGCGACUUGAGGAAGGUCCUUCUGUCAUGGAACGACCGCAUGAGCGGUAAUCUUGGAGAGGAUCAAGAUGCAAGAGAAAUGCUGCAAAUUGCCGUCGAAAGGCGGACUCAUUUGCUGAAGAGCUCCAGCCAUGGCCUUGAUCGGACACAUGCGCUUAAGGAGUCUUCGAACGAGCUACUGCAGGCUCUGACAACCCUGAGGCCAGAGAUUGCAAGCUUCAGGAGCCAAGAUCCCUUCGACAUCUUGAUAAUGAUGUGGGCGAAUGUUCGAAUUGCAAUACCAGACUUGGACGAUGAACUGAAGCUGCUGACGAUGAAGGCAUUGCUCAACGAGGUUGAGUCAAGAUUGCAUACGUCGAAUGCGACAAAGGUAUUUGGAUUGGCACGGUCGUUGAGUGUAGCUCGGCUCGAACAGAAUACCGCUGCGGUCGAGCGGUUGGAGACGAAGAUACAGGCUUUUGAACAGAAGAUGCGCGAGACCAUUGUCAAGAAAGCGAUUGACAGGAUCAAGCUCAUGCGCAAAGAUCUAUUGCAAGGCAAGUUGAAAGAGUUGCAGCAGUUAACAGAGCUGCAAGCAGCGCAGAAGUGGGACGCUCACGCCAAACUGGGUGGUAGUCAACAAAGGCAGAAUCAAAGCAGAGCCUACGAUCAGGCGAACGGUAAGCUCCGACGAGUCUUACAGCAGCAAGUGCCAGAAUUGGACGCACAUGUCCAAGUCGUCCAGAACAACGCAAAUGCCCUGGCCGGUAUGAGUGCCAGCCUGUUGUCCCGGGCAAUGGAGGCUGGCUUCUCGCUCGAAGACAAGCACUCAUCGACGUUAGUCGAAUUGGCGAAAGCUGACGUAAAGGGCUACGUGAGCGGAACCGUUGCUGACGUUCUCGAUGCACGAGAAGAGGCAGCUAGGAUGCUUAAUCGGAUGGGCGCAGUCGAAAGCCAUCUCGACGUCCUGCUGGACGCAGCGAAGAGCCAGUACCGAGAGUAUGAUGGACUCUUGCGCUUGCUCGACCCAACAGAAUCUCGCAAUACGAGCGGCGAUGUGGAAAUAGAACUUGCUGAGAAGUACGGGCCUCGCCGGGAGAGCAUAUUGCUGAUGAUCAGGAACAUGCAGAGGGCCAGACGUGGUUAA